AUGUGUGGUCUUUGUACCAUUGUGAAAUUUUUGAGACGUAUUCGUGCAAAACCCACAGGCCUAUUCAUGAAACUGUCUGCACAUGACUCAUCCCCGGGGGCGCUCAGCUCGGCCAAUGCAACCAUUCUAGCAGCCGAACAAUCUGGAGUCACACCGGACUUAUUACGUGCCGUUGUGAUCAAUGCCCGCCAAUACGAGGCCUUUCUGGAGGUCCUCGAAAAGGAACUUAUUGAGAUGACGGCGAACGCGGAUCGGUUGUGCAAUAUCUUUAAAAGUCAAAUGAAGCAACUGCGUGAAUUAGUCUCCGAUCGUUCGGUGAUUCCCAGUAUGGAAGUCUAU